CCGGCGGGCAGGCCGCCGCGGGCUCGUCAUCGCGGAGCGACGGCCAGGCCGGGUGUCAUGGCGGAGGCGGCGGCGCCCAGCCCGCCCCAGCCCAGCGGCCGCGCGCCGGACACCUGCGCCGAGCCGGCGGCCUCGGAGGUGGCGAGCAGCGCCCUGCGCUCCCUGGCCGGGCUGGUGGGGCAGCUUAACCUUGGAGAUGAUAUUGUGAAAGUUGUAAUCGAUUGGAGCAAGCUUCAAAGCACAUCGACACUUCAGCCAGCAUUGCUCUUUAGUGCACUUCAGCAGCAUGUUUUAUGUUUGCAGCCUCUUUUAGAAACACUCCAGUCAUUGAUUAAAGAGGAAAAUGUUGAACCUGCAGGUAAAAUGGAAGGCCAGACUUGUGAAACAAGUUUUGAUGUUUAUGACAUUAACUCUCAGACUGAAGAAAAGUAUGGAGGUUAUGACUCAGGAGAUCUGAAGGAUGCUCAUAUUAAUUUUGAUCCAGAGGUGGUCCAAAUAAAGGCUGGAAAAGCAGAAAUUGACAGGCGGAUAUCAGCCUUCAUCGAGAGGAAACAAGCUGAGAUCAAUGAAAAUAAUGUCAGGGAAUUUUGCAAUGUUAUUGAUUGUAAUCAAGAAAAUAGCUGUGCCAGAACAGAUGCAAUUUUCACACCAUAUCCUGGAUUUAAAAGCCAUAUAAAAGUUUCUAGGGUAGUAAAUACAUAUGGGCCUCAGACUAGAUCUGAAGGAGCACAUGGAUCCAAUCACAAAGCCAAUGUACCCAUUCAUGAUUGUGGAAACCAAGCCAUCGAGGAAAGAUUACAAAACAUUGAAGCACACUUACGGUUACAGACAGGUGGUCCUGUACCAAGAGACAUUUAUCAGAGAAUUAAGAAGCUUGAAGAUAAAAUCCUUGAGCUGGAAGGACUGUCCCCUGAGUAUUUUCAAUCUGUGAGCUAUUCUGGCAAGAGGAGAAAGGUCCAGCCUCCCCAUCAGAACUAUUCAUUGGCUGAACUUGAUGAAAAGAUCAAUGCUAUUAAACAGGCAUUACUGAGGAAAACAAAAGAAAGCAAGUCCAAGGAGGCUGAGCGGCUUCUUUGAUAAUGGAAGAAAGAAAAUCUUUUCAGAAUCUUCAUCAUGCUUUACACAUACCUAAAACGUAGACCUGAGUAGUGUUCAUCGGAGAUGACUUUAGCCAUGAAAACAAAGCAUGCAUGUAAGCUCAUUGUGGAUGAUUUUGAUUGCUUUAAAAUGAAUAUUCCUGAAAGCAAGCUAUCUGAUUAAUGAAAUAAUUACUUAAAAAUGGAGGAAUGUUUUAGAAAUAGCGUUCUUAUAAUCUGUUCCCUUCUGUUAUAAAGGAGGAUUGCAGCACUGUUCGUAUGUGGAAAGUUUUAACCUGCAUGGAAAACCUACAUUUCAUGUGUAAUUCUUCUUGAUGAUGUGGUAUUCAAAAUGGCUGUCUUUAUGCAAACUAUUUACAUAUUUCAAAACUUGUGAAAUAAAGUGAAAUACUUCCUGA